AUGAUAUGUGUUAAUCCUAUUAGGGAAGACCGUUUCGAGAUGGAAAUUUUUAGUGAUGCAUCCCUGUCUGGCUGGGGGGCUGGUUGUGAAGGAGAGCAAACGCAUGGGUUUUGGAGUGAAAAGGAACGAGAGGAACAUAUUAAUUUUUUCGAACUAAAGGCGGUCUUUUAUGGGCUGAAAUGCUUCGCUAAAGAUAAGACCUCGUGUGAAAUACUGCUACGCAUUGACAAUACAACAGCGUUGUCGUAUAUAAAUCGAAUGGGCAGUAUUCAAUUCCCUAAAUUGGCAAAUUUAGCAAAGGAAAUCUGGCAAUGGUGCGAAGCGCGUAAUGUGUGGAUUUUCGCGUCUUACAUUAAGUCUAGCGACAAUACAGAAGCUGAUGCAGAGUCCAGAGUGAAACAGACUGAAACCGAGUGGGAAUUAGCAGAUUGGGCUUAUGAAAAGGUAGAAUCUACAUUCGGGAAGUUUGACAUAGAUUUGUUCGCGUCAAACGUAAAUGCAAAAUGCGAAAAGUUCAUCUCCUGGCACAGAGAUCCAGAAGCUUGGGUUGUAGACGCGUUUACGGUGCUGUGGACUGACAUGUAUUUUUAUGCCUUUCCGCCGUUCGCCAUGGUUUUAAGAACAAUUCGGAAAAUAAUCUCGGACAAGGCAGAAGGGGUUUUGAUAGUGCUAUUUUGGCCUACACAAUCGUGGUUUCCACUUUUUAAAGCAUUACUCGUAUCAGAAUCAAUUCUUUUUAAUCCUGAAGAUGAUUUGUUAUUUGAUAAUUGCAGACAACACCACCCGUUACGAGCGUCGCUUUCCCUGGUUGCCGGGAGAUUAUCGGGCAAGCGUUUAGGUUAA